GGGGAGGAGCCUGAUUCAUAGAGAAAGCUUCAUGUUUGGGCGUAGUGUAAAAACGAUACAAACAGUCUUUUUAUUUUUUAGCAAAAGUGUAUAGCGAAAGUGAAGGAAAUUAUCUAAAACUCUAUUUUUCAUAAAUCCAAAUAAUCACUGCGACAAGAAUAACUACUCAGUGGAGAUUUUUUUUCCCCCUAAGGUUUAUUUGAGGAGUUUCGAGCCUGCCUCAAGAGCAGGAGCUGAGAUCGAUUGUAUUGCUCACAACACAACUUCCCUACAUUUUCUUCGCCAUUAGUAAUCGUGGUGCUGAUAUACAGGCGUUGCCUCUGCAAAUCGCACAUCUGCAUUCAACAUGUCUGGACCAGGCUACCCAUCUCCAAACCAGCCUCCGUAUCCCAUGGCCCAGGCAGGUGGACACUCCAUGCCCCCCUAUCCCGUUGGAGGUUAUGGAGAUCCAGGAUAUGUGCCCCCACCUGCAGGGUUUCAAGUAGGGUACCAGCCAGUUCCAGAUCAGCCAGUUAUGUAUCAGCCUGGUCCAGUUGGUCCAGUUAGUCCAGCAUCGCACCAGGGCCAGCCGUAUGGAGCACCUGUAGCUGCACCAGUGACAGUGCCUGCUGGAGUACCACCUGGUCUGGAGUACCUCACUCAGAUUGACCAGAUCCUUAUUCAUCAGAAAGUGGAGUUGUUAGAGGCAUUCCUUGGCUUUGAGACCAACAACCAGUAUGAGAUCAAGAACAGCCUAGGUCAAAAGAUCUUCUCUGCCAAAGAAAAAAAUGACUGCUGCACACGCAACUGCUGUGGUGCCCUGCGCAGCUUUGACAUGAAGAUCAAAGACAACACUGACCGAGAGGUCAUACGACUCAUCCGACCUUACCGUUGUGUCUCCUGUUGGUGCCCCUGCUGCCUGCAAGAGAUGGAGGUACAGGCCCCCCCUGGAACGACCAUAGGGUAUGUGAAGCAGGACUGGCACCCCUGUUAUCCAAGAUUCUCCAUCCAGGGGCCCAACAAGGAGACUGUGAUGAAGCUCGAGGGACCCUGCUUGGCAUGUAACUGCUGUGGUGAUGUGAACUUCGAGCUCAAAGGCAAAGACGGUAGCGGGAAGCCUAUCGGUCGAAUCAGUAAGCAGUGGAGCGGCCUGUUAAAGGAAGUCUUCACUGACACUGACAACUUUGGCAUUCAGUUCCCUCUGGACAUGGAUGUUAAGAUGAAGGCUGUACUUUUGGGCACUUGCUUCCUUAUUGAUUUCAUGUUCUUUGAAAAAGUUGGAGACACAAACCAGCGCAAUACUGUGUUCUCUUAGAGCUCCUGAAAAGUUACUUAUAAAGGAACAUAUUUUCAACUAACUCUCAUCACUUCGCAAACAUUUAAGGUAUUUUUUAAACUGAUGAAAUUCCCAUAGUCUGUGGAUGGCCUCUAAGUCUGGACUUCCUUUAUUUCCUGUGUUUUCUUAAGUAACCAAACUUUAUAGAAAGCUGCCACUGCAGUGAACCCGAAGGACAUGUUCAUGGUCAUUUUUUAAUGUUCACAUGACUAGCAAUAUUUGUAAUGACAGCUGAGGUAUCAUGAGUAGCUGUUCACUGGUGCCUUUAAAACAGUCAUUGAGUAAAUCACUGAACAAAUUACUGUUACAGCACACGCAGCUAACAUUUGUAUGUUUUGUUAACUUUUUUCUUAGAAAUAAAAAACCAUAUGCAUGUUUUUUUCUUUUUCUCAUACAUAAGGUAUAUUUUUCUGUCUUUUAGAAGGAAAUUCACUUUUAUUGUGUUAAAUGCAAAGCAUUUUUGUAAUUGCACACAAAUGUUCCUACACAUACAAAUAGUGUAUAUGUAGUGGGCAGUACAACUAGCAAGUUACUGACUUGAGGAAAAAAAACAAGUUUUUGCAUGGUUUUAAAACUGGUAAAAAGCAAAAUUGUAUUGACUAUUAGGGGUUUUUUUUCAGUGUGUGAAGAAAUAGUGUCCUACAGGAGGCGCUUGGAAAGCCAGCCUCCUAUUGAACCGCUCUCAAAUCUUAGGAUGGUCUUAAAUAUUAAAUGUUUGCCAAUGAAAUAAAUGAGUAGCAUGAAAUAGAAAUUACAAUUCAGGAAAUUAUUCUAAAAACUAUGAGUCAGUUUUAUGUCGUUACGUAAUAUAUGGCAAUGUUCUUGUCCUGGUUUUCUAUAUAUUGACUGGCCUUCUAUCAAUAUGGGAAUAUAUCAAAUAUAGAUAACAAGAUAAAAAAUAUGCAGAGUUUGGAGUGUUAACACUUUUUGUUUAACGUCUGUGUUUUGGUCACUAUUUUGCUUAAACUUUGAUUUUUUUUUUCUCUCACAUUAUACACUGCAAAUUAGAGUUGAUCUCUAAAGUAAGUAGGCUACCAGUUACAUUGUAACAAUAAUAGUAAGACAUCAGUUUAAAAAUGUUGUACACAAAUGUUGUCUGUUUUUCUAUGAUUAACAUAGAAAAUGUAUAAAUCACAAAUUUUCUAUGUUAAUCAUAUUUACCAGCACGGUAGCUAAUUACUAAUUGUUUCAACUGACAGUUACAAAACUCCCUGGUCUACCCAUCAAUAAUCCAUGUACAUGUGUGUCUUUGUGUCUAUGUGUUUAUAUUAAUUUCUAUAUUGUACAAUAUUAGUGUAACAUUAUACAUAAUAAACAUAUACAAUUAUGUUGGU